ACCUCUUUCCAAACUCCUUUCUUUCCCUUUUCAACAACCGGCAUCACGUUUUCCUUCUGAGCCUCACCGGACAUGCCUGUACCUCUCCCUGUGCAAUACACUACCUUACACUACACGUGUACGUGUAGAUGGACAAUAUGGUUUUAUGCAUAUUCUUCCCGAGACAAGGACCAUACCGGGAUGCUUUCCUGCCAUCGACUGGUCGCCAUUCGCCUCAAGGCGAAGUACUCCGUAGGGCUUCUCGCGGAGCAGACGGCGCGUUGUUUGUUGUGUCUCGGAGUGUUUGCCCUGAUGACGUACAUGCCUAAGCCAUGGUUAGUUGCGAGCUUCCAUGUUCCAUGGUCCGUUCCAUGGUCCGGACUAUGGGCGAGCGGGUGACAUGCUUGACGUUCAUUCUACCAACCCCCCGUCGACUUCAAACAGGACAUCGUAUAAGCUUCGCCCACGGAUGGUGGAGGAUGUUGGGUGCAGGAGCUCACUGCUGGAGGGUUUCAUUUACAAGUUAUCCCACGAAAUCUCACAGAACAUGGCGGUACUCAAGAAGUACAUACGAAAAGGGGCUCUUGGUGUUCAUACAUUUCGAGGACACGCUAGCGCCAUGGCUGGUCUAGCUUAUGGACUCGGGCCAAUAAAGACAGCACAGCCACUUUUUAACUUGCCCCAGAUAACCCGCCCCAACCAAAACCAACCAUUUCAUUCCAGUGUUUACUCGAAACUCAGAGGUGUCCUUUUGUUCCCAGGCUCACAGACAGCAAUCGCGCAGAGAUAUAUCCGGAAGCGAGAACGGGAUUCUUUCAAGGCCAGAUCUGUGUCUCGUACCAAAAUUUAGACAGAAAGACGAGGGAAGACCAAGCAAGGGAGAUUCCCUAAGCCCUUCGUCUUAGGCUGCCCAUUCAGCUAUCAGCAGCUCUCAG